AUGUCACGAAACAUCGCGUUACUCCUCAUCCUAGUCACGUUAUCAUCAGCUGCCUCGCAGACCUUCCAGUAUUCCAGAGGUUGGACGAAUGGCAAGAGAGAUGGAAAUAGGAAUGAUCUUCAGAAGAUUCUCAGUCCGUGUCAGAUGCACAAACUGAGGGCGCUUCUGAGAGGAAAGUCGCUUACUGAUAGCUUACUACAGCCCUGUGGGUACUACGAUCAAAAGGAACAGACUACGAAUGAAAGGAAAUCCUUCAAAACGAACCAGGAAUCUCUUUACGACGUGUUUCAAUAA